AUGGACCCGUGCCUGGCCGCAACUAAUCCACGACGUCCCCUCCAUAAUUUCCACCGCAACAUCCCCCUCCAACGCGAAGACCCCACCCUAACCACAACCCCCGCCGACGCAGAAGACACAACCGACGAAGAAAUCCCUCCGCAACCGCCCCUCGUCGACAUAAACAAGGGCAUAAAGCUCAACGGCGCCGGAGACCAAGGCUUCGAGGAUCUAAUUUUGGCGAGGGGUAGUCCGAGGUGGUUUGUGAAGACGAAUCGGAGGCCGUAUGACAAGGUUGUUGCUUGUGUGUUGCUGAGGGCGUAUAUGCUUGCGCCGGAGCAGUUUCGGUUGAGGAGUGACGGUUUCUGGGAUUAUGAGGAUGAGUGGGGGGUUGUGAGGGAGUUGUAUGGGAAGAUUUGGCCGGGGGAGGAGAUUAGGAGGCCUUGGGGGGAGGAGGAGGAUGAUGGGGUUGGGGAGGCAGAUGAUAUUGAGGGGAGUGAUUUGAUGGGGUAG